GGAGCAGGGGCCUCACCGACCCACCCUCCCUUUCCCCGGCUCUGGUUACAGCCUGUCGAGUUGAACAAACUUGCUGCAGGCGGAUUGGCGAUCGGGAGCUCUCGGGCUGGGGCGUCGUAUUUAUUAAUUUAUAUUCCGCGGCGCCCCGCGCGCGGGCCGCUCCUUUGUACCCGGCCGCCGCUGCCCGGGCUCCGGGGCCUCAGCGGGGAGCGCGGCCCCCUCGUCCUCCCGACCCCCAAGGCCGGCACGUGCUGCUCCCGCCCGCCCGGCCCGCCGAGGGGGCGGAGGCCCGGCUUUUCUCCUACCCUCUCUGGGCCAGAAGGAGGAGGAGCGGCGGCGGCAGCAGCCGGAGGAGGCGACUGCUGCCCGGCCGAGGGAGCGCGGCGGAGCGGGGUUACGGCGCCCGGCAACGCUCGGCGGCCGCCGGGGAGGCGGGAGCGGCGCGACCGGCCGGGAUGUUCCCUGGCACUUCCUGACUGGCUGGCCGCGCGCACACGGCCAGACUCGCUCGCCCCCGGCCCCAGUGGCUCGCUCGCUCGCUGGCUCGCGCGGGCCCGCUCUGCGUCGGCCGCGCAGCGGGGGAGGCGCGCUAGGGGGGACGCGGCCCGGCAUGAGCUGAUUGCGGGUGGAUACGCCGCCGACGGGCUCCUAGAAGCCGUGGGGAGCCGCUUUUCUCCGAGUCGCCGCCCUGCCCUUGGAUUUGAGAUCAUGUCCAUUCACAUCGUGGCGCUGGGGAACGAGGGGGACGCGUUUCACCAGGACAAUCGGCCGUCGGGGCUUAUCCGCACUUACCUGGGGAGAAGCCCGCUGGUCUCAGGGGACGAAAGCAGCUUGUUGCUGAACGCGACCAGUACGGUCGCGCGUCCCGUGUUCACCGAGUAUCAGGCCAGCGCGUUUGGGAAUGUCAAGCUAGUGGUCCACGACUGUCCCGUCUGGGACAUUUUUGACAGUGAUUGGUACACCUCUCGAAAUCUAAUUGGAGGUGCUGACAUCAUUGUGAUCAAAUACAACGUAAAUGACAAGUUUUCAUUUCACGAAGUGAAGGAUAAUUAUAUUCCAGUGAUAAAAAGAGCAUUAAAUUCAGUUCCAGUAAUCAUUGCUGCUGUUGGUACAAGACAAAAUGAAGAGUUACCUUGCACAUGCCCACUGUGUACCUCAGACAGAGGGAGCUGUGUCAGUACGACGGAAGGGAUCCAACUUGCUAAAGAGCUAGGAGCCACCUAUCUGGAACUACACAGCCUUGAUGACUUCUACAUAGGAAAAUAUUUUGGAGGAGUGUUGGAGUAUUUUAUGAUUCAAGCCUUAAAUCAGAAGACAAGUGAAAAAAUGAAGAAAAGGAAAAUGAGCAACUCGUUUCACGGAAUUAGACCACCUCAGCUUGAACAACCAGAAAAAAUGCCUGUCUUGAAGGCUGAAGCAUCACAUUAUAAUGCUGACCUAAAUAACUUGCUCUUCUGCUGCCAGUGCGUGGAUGUGGUAUUUUACAACCCAGACUUAAAGGAAGUGGCUGAGGCCCACAAGAUCGUUCUCUGUGCCGUCAGCCAUGUUUUCAUGCUGCUUUUCAAUGUGAAGAGUCCUGCUGACAUUCAGGAUUCCAGUAUCAUCCGAACUACCCAGGAUCUCUUUGCUAUAAACAGAGAUCCUGCGUUUCCCGGUGCUAGCCAGGAGUCUCCAGGCAACCCACCCUUACGAGUCAUUGUUAAAGAUGCCCUCUUCUGUUCUUGUUUAUCGGACAUUCUGCGCUUCAUUUAUUCAGGCGCCUUCCAGUGGGAAGAAUUGGAGGAAGAUAUCAGGAAGAAGUUGAAAGAUUCUGGGGAUGUUUCAAAUGUAAUUGAGAAAGUUAAAUGCAUUUUAAAAACACCAGGAAAGUUUAAUUGCCUGAGGAACUGCAAAACCUAUCAAGCCAGAAAACCUCUGUGGUUUUAUAACACUUCCCUCAAGUUUUUCCUUAAUAAACCAAUGCUUGCUGAUGUUGUCUUCGAAAUACAAGGUACGACGGUGCCAGCCCACAGGGCCGUCCUGGUGGCCCGGUGUGAAGUGAUGGCAGCCAUGUUUAAUGGGAAUUACAUGGAAGCAAAGAGUGUUCUGAUUCCAGUUUAUGGUGUUUCCAAAGAGACUUUCUUGUCAUUCUUAGAAUACCUAUACACAGACUCCUGUUGCCCAGCUGGCAUUUUCCAGGCUAUGUGUCUCCUGAUCUGUGCAGAGAUGUACCAAGUGUCCAGGCUGCAGCACAUCUGUGAGCUGUUCAUCAUUACACAGCUGCAAAGCAUGCCAAGCCGGGAACUGGCAUCUAUGAACCUCGAUAUAGUUGACCUGCUCAAAAAAGCCAAGUUUCACCACUCUGAUUGCCUCUCAACCUGGCUGCUUCAUUUCAUUGCCACUAACUACCUCAUCUUCAGUCAGAAGCCUGAAUUUCAGGAUCUUUCAGUGGAAGAACGCAGUUUUGUUGAAAAGCACAGAUGGCCAUCAAAUAUGUACUUGAAGCAGCUUGCGGAAUACAGGAAGUAUAUUCACUCCCGGAAAUGUCGUUGCUUAGUAAUGUAACCCUGGGGUUUUUAUAUACACACACUUUUUCUUGUUAUUAUGAAGAAUGGGGUACUUCUGGGUUCUAGGAAAAUUCUUGAGACUGCAACCAAUAUGGGAGUUAAAAAAAAAAACACCAUACAGCUUAAUGUGCUUAUUAGUUCUUAUUGAAGAAAACUAUUAUUAUGAUCUUAAAAGGGAACAGAAUAUAACAUAGGCUAAAAUUAAGACUUCACCCGAGUAUAUGAGGCUGUGUACAGCUAUUUUUCCCUUUAAGAUGCCCUAUUGGUUUAGUGAUAUUAAUACCCCUUCCAUUUAAGAAAUGUUUAAAUUUUUAAAAAAUCAUGUAGGAUUAAUACAGAAAUUUCAUCAUGUCUGAUUAAUUGCUCUAUUAAAAUAAGGGCCUUUUAAAGACCCAGUAUGACUGUUUCUAUAGUGAGAAAUCUAGGAGAAAACUGAUCAGGCUGAGAUCUUAGGAAUAGAAAUUUGCUAGGAUUUUGAAAAUGAAAUGCCACUUCAUUCCAAAUCAG